AUCCAAACAAAGGCUGGCAAGUUGUCUACACAGAUGAUGAGGGAGAUAUGAUGCUUGUAGGAGAUGAUCCGUGGCAGUGAGAAAAGGAGGCAUUUGCUGACAGCUGGGUGGAGAGUCUUUGUUAACUCCGAAAGGCUUGUAGCAGGAGAUGCAUUCAUCUUUAUGAGGGAUAAAAAUGGCGAACUACAUGUAGGGGUCGGCGUGCCAUGCAUCAGCAAAGUAACAUUCCUGUCCGUAGUUAUAUCCAGUCGCAGAAUGGAGAUUUUUGUCCUUGCUGCUGCGUCACAUGCCAUUCCAGGGAGGGCUAUGUUUAGAGUCUACUACAAGCCAAGGCAAAAACUGAUGAUAUUUCCUAGUAGUCUCUUACCACUCAAAUUAUUUUCACAUUCAACAUCUAAAUAUCUUUUAGUGUUAAUAAAAUUCUACAAUCCAUGAAAUUAGACUGUGGUAACUGCUUUUAGAUUAGAUUGGGUGUAUAUUAUUUUAAUAUACAAUCUAAUCUAAU